GUGUAGAAGAGCAGGUGUGAUUCAUUGCCCUCCUGGCCUCCUGCCCUCCUGCACAACCCUCUCAAAGACUCCGCUGAAGUGUAGAGGGAACUGUGCUCUGGGUUACGUCACCAUCAGGCCCCUCGGCCCCCUCGUUGAUAAAAGGGCUCCUACUACUAACACCGAUGGACAGGACAAUUGCUGAAGAUCCCUACAUCGGCUUCAGGGUUAAGUCCGACUAAAUCCUACCACUACAGAUUCGACUGGCCCUGUGUUCUACGGUUGAUGGUUAGGUGCACACCAGAUACCUGAUAGAUCGACACUUAUGAUGGAGAUAGGUAGGAGACGGUUUUGUUUCUGAGUUCGAGAGGGUGAGAGAGACUAUAAAGUCCUUUGCCGUGCACACAUUCAUGCAAAAUCAGACGCUAUAGACCUUCUACAUACGAAAUCCCAUCAUGACUACCAUACUAAUCACAGGCGCCAACCGUGGCAUUGGACGAGGAAUCGCAGACAUUUUCCUCUCACGACCCAACACUACGUUGAUAGCCCUGGUUCGAGACACAUCAGACGAAACGACAAAAUCUCUCAAACCUCUUUCUGAAGGCAGUGCCGUUGUCGUCUUACCAUACGAUGCGAGCGACAACACAUCCGCACAAACCGCCAUUGAAGUCCUCCAAACUCAACACCACAUCACAUCACUAGACAUAGUCAUCGCCAACGCAGGCAUCCAAACCUGGCAAGGUCCCUCCAUCGAAACUCCUCCGGAAGCCAUGAUGUCGCAUUUUCAAAUCAACACCAUUGCACCGCUACAACUAUUCAAAGCAACACUCCCUCUUCUUCAGCACCGAACAUCAUCAUCAUCAAAGACCUCCUCCCCCUCUCCACCCAAAUUCUUCACCAUUUCAUCGAGUGUCGGAUCUACGGAACUCAUUCCCCAAAGACAUCAUCUCAGAGUCCUGCCGUAUGCGACUUCCAAAGCCGCAGUCAACCAUGUCAUGCAUAAGUUACAUUCCGAGCAUCCUGAGAUUGUCAUCGAGUUACUGGCCCCGGGAUACGUAGCUACGAAUCUGUCUCGCGGUUUGAAAUUGGAGGGUUCCACUGUCAAUCAGACGGGUAUGGUGCCGAUUGAAGAUAGUACAGCGGGUUUGGUCAAACAGAUUGAUAUGGCGAAUCUGGAGAAUACUAAGGGAGCCUUGACGACUUGGAAGGGAGAGGUCGUGCCUUGGUAGGAUGAGCAGACUAAAAAGAAAAGAACUUUGCCACUGUCUA